UUUACAUAUAUUCUACACCAUUUUAUUAUUUUGUUUAAAAGAAAAUGGAUAAUCCUGCUUAUGUCAUAGACUUCGAGAAAACAUCAGAUACUCUGAAGAAUAGUAAAAAAUCUGAACAACUACAGCAGGAAGCAUACACAUUUGAAGAUGCUAUAACGCUUACAGGAAUAGGGAAAUUCCAUUAUCUCUUGUUACUGGUAUGCGGACUUUGUUUCAUGUCAGUGAUGGUUGAAAUUAUGGGCGUAGGUCUAAUAAUGCCAUCGAUGAAAUGUGAUCUGGAAUCAACAGUAUCCGAACAGGGAAUGUUAGCUUCAGCUGGAUUCCUAGGUGUGGUACUAUCGUCACAUGCUAUGGGUUUUCUUGCAGAUACUUGGGGUCGCGUACGCACUCUACGUUAUGCCUUAAUUCUAAGCGCUAUUUCUACAAUUAUAUCCUCCUUCUCAGUUAACAUUUUGAUGCUUACUGUAUUUCGUUUUCUAACCGGCUUCUUUAUUUCUGGCGGGCAAGCAUGCGUUUUUAGUUUAUGUGGUGAAUUUCAUGGAAACAAAACUCGUGUUCGCUAUGUAACAUUACUUUCCGGAUUUUUGCCCCUGGCUUUAAUUUACUUGCCAUUUAUGUCAUCUAUAAUUUUGCCACUACAAAUUGACACCACAGUUUUGGGCAUGAAAUUUUCAUCAUGGCGUAUAUUGUUAAUGGUGAAUUCUGCGUUAUCUAUUAUAGCAGUAGUUGGACUUUACACUAUUCCGGAAACCCCGAAGUAUAUAUUAGUACAAGGUGAUCAUGAUGGUGCCUUAGAGGUGUUACGCACAAUCUUUGAGAGAAAUACAGGCAGGCCACGUAGUCAUUACGCUGUUAAAAACAUUAUAUUGGAAACUGGUGGUGCUAGCUUAACCGAUAUACAUGGUUUUAAAGAUGCCGUUAAGAUGAUAUGGAACCAAACUAUUCCAUUGUUCUACAAAGAGCGCUAUUUACAUACAAUCAAUAUUUGUCUCAUUAUGUUUGUAGUGUAUGGGAUAUCUCAAGGAUUGUUUAUGUGGUUCCCAACCAUUUUGAAUGAAAUGAUAUCGAAAGAUGGCUUAGGUCUAACAACUUGUUAUAUAAUCACAAAUAUGGAGCUCACAACAAAUCUGUCAACUGAUAUUUGUGCUGGAGAGGUAGAUACAUUCAUGUUCAAUGUAUUAAUGGUCAUCGGUGCUGCAUUUACAGUAUUUUUUUUAAUUUUUGCGUAUACAAUUGAUUACGUUGGCAAAAAAAAUCUGCUUAUAUGUUGGCUCAUAGUCUCUGGUAUCUGUAUGACAGUCAUACACUGGAUAACGGUUUUCUAUAUUAGUGUUUUUGCCAUUACUCUUAUAAUGGCUGUUGGCAAUUGUGGUGGUCUUGUGAGUACAAUUGCUAUGGAGUUCUUCCCAACGAAUAUUAAUGCAAUGGGCAUGUGCUUCAUAAUGAUGAUUGGACGUUUAGGUGCAGUGGUGGGUGCAAACAUUAUGGGACAAAUAAUUUUUAAUUAUUGCGAUUUAGUGUUUUGGGUAUUUCUUGGCAUUGUUUGCAUAUUAUGUUUUAUGGGUUUAGUAUUACCUGAGAGAAAAACUGAUAAGAAAUCAGUGAUGAAAUGAGGUCUUAAAAAUUAGAUUUAGUGUGUAAACAACGAUUUCUUAAUGUAUUGAAUCUUUUUUUUAAUAUAUGUUUAUAAUUAUAACGAAUACAUUGUAGUUUUAAGAUUCAUAUUAUAUAUUACUGGAAAUAAAGCAUAACUUGAUAUGCUUAUAUAUAUUUAAAAAAUAAAUAGUUUUU